AAGAAGAACAACAACAACAACAACAACAACAAUCUUCUUAAUGGAAACUGAAAGCAUCCGGGCUCUCAACAAGGCAACUUUGACAGAGUCACUGAUCUCAGUGAGAAGCAGAGCAGCUUGCAGUCUUUGAAGAACAGCAGGUGAAGCAGGUGGUGACACAUACAGAGUCAGGAAGAGGACUAAUUCACCUGUGCAGAGAAGGAUCAGAGAAAAAAGGAGGAGGACACGAAGAGGGCUGCAGAUGGCUGGCUUUCUGGAUAACUUCCGCUGGCCAGAUUGCGAAUGCAUUGACUGGGGGGAGAGGAGGAAUGCUGUGGCUUCUAUUGUCUCUGGAGUUCUGUUCUUCACAGGCUGGUGGAUCAUAAUUGAUGCAGCAGUGACAUAUCCAUCCCAGGAGCAGAUGAACCAUGCGUUCCACACGUGUGGCGUCUUCUCCACCAUAGCAUUCUUCAUGAUAAAUGCAGUUUCUAAUGGCCAGGUGAGAGGAGAUACAUAUGGAGAGGGCUGCCUUGGCAGGACAGGAGCUCGUCUUUGGCUGUUUAUCGGCUUCAUGAUGAUGUUUGGCUCCCUCAUCGCCUCCAUCUGGAUCCUGUUCGGUGCAUAUGUGGUGCCAAGUGAGUGUUCCUUCACUUGAACAGCACAUUUUCUUACUGUCUCAUUAUUCUGUCUUCACCACUUCCUAUUGCCCCUGCUGCUUGUCUUGUUGUACUUCCAUUCAUACUGGUGUACUGCAAUGCUUUGUCUUUCAAGUAACUUCAUCUUUCUGGAUGAUUCUAUCAAUAUCAGUCAUGCAAUGAUUAUACUGUAUGUAUAUAUUUUAAUACUUAACUUUUUGUCACAUCAGUGAAUAUUCAUAUUGGUUUCUUAAUAUGGUCUUACAAAAGACUAAUUAGCCAAUUCAGCACAAAGACAGACAACGAGAUAACUA